AUGUCCAUUGGGAAAAAGGAAAUCAACCGCAGGCUGCCGCAAGAGACCCGGGCAUCUUCCGGGACUUUGAGCCUGCUACACCUGCAGGGUGUCAGGGACCCGCAGCAGGAGCCCCCAGCCCUGGACACAGCCAUCCAGCAGGCCUUGGCGGGUCUAUACCCACCCUUUGAGGCCACGGCGCCUACCGUCCUGGGUCAGGUGUUCCGGCUCCUGGACUCUGACUUCCGAGGGGAUGGGCUGAGCUUCCUCCUGGAUUUCCUGAUCCCUGCCAAGCGCCUGUGUGAGCAAGUUCGAGAAGCAGCCUGUGACUCAUAUGUCCAUCGUGUCUUCUUGCAUGAGGGCUGGCCGCUGUGUCUGCGGGACGAGGUGGUGGUCCACCUUGCUCCCCUCAAUCCCCUCCUGCUACGUCAGGGUGACUUCUACUUCCAAGUGGAGUCCUGGGAGGAGCAGUCUGCCCGCAUGAUGAUUAAGUACCUCUCACUGGACCUCCGCACUGUGGACAAGAGGCCCAUUAUGGAAUCUUCCUACCCUUUCCUUUUCACCCAGCAGUGGCUGGAGACCAUCAACAGCAGCUUCCAGGGAAGUCCUUUGCAUAACUGCCUGGUGGCUUCAGAAAACGGGAUUGUUCCCGUCCCUUGGAGUAAGAUCACUAGCCCGAUAUUUGUGGAUGACAGAUGCCAAACAGUGAAGGUCCCCUCCCCCGCUGAGGACACUCUUCAAUUGGAGGCAUCUCAUGCAAGCAACCCCCCAGAGCUACAGUCCACUAGCUCUCCAGGCAGCCAGCUGUUUCGGGCCCAGAGUUUGAGCAAGGGUAAGGACAAGACAUCUGUGACCAAGUAUCCAGGCCUCAUCAAGGUUGAGCAAGCUAGGCCCGGAGAAGUGGCCUUCAGGAUGGAUGGCGUGGUCAGCCAGAGUUUGGAGGGAGACUAUGUGGCUCUUGUGAGCUUCUCCCAAGAGAGUAGAGGGAAUUCUUCCAACAGGCAAGUGGUGACAUCCAGCAGGUGGACUUUGGGGACCCAGGAGGAACUAUCUGGAUUUACAGAGAUCCCUAUGUCUCCAGGGAGUCUGUCUCUCCAAGGGUCCAGUGUAGGACCUUCCUGGGACCACCAGGCUCAUACUAAACCUGCAAGCUCUGAGGAGGGGCCCUGCGCUUUAGGCUCCAAGAGAAAGGUCAGUCACCAAGCGCCUGUCCACCGUUCAGAGCCACAGUCCCCAGAGCCCUGCCUUGAAGUCCUUGAGAUGCUGCCGGUCUGCACCUCUGACCUUGGGACAAGUGUCCCCGAAGAACCAGGUGUGUCUAAGACACGAGGACUUCUAGAAAGCCCAGAGUCCAUGACCAGGCCUGGGCCAAGACAAGCAUCCUCUCCCCGCCUGUCCCCAGCCUCCUCUGCCUGUGAAACAAAGAUGGAGAAGACCAUGCAGGAAGAUGGGGGUGCUCCCAAGCCAUCGACUCAAGCUGUGAAGAACACCUCUUCGUCCUCUGAGUCCCCUCUUGCAGGGCUCAAAUUCUCUUUCUUGAAAGGGCAGAAGCUACCUCUGGUGUCUGAGGGGAAGUCUAUAAUCCAGCAUGAUCUAUCUCAGAAAAUCCCAUGCCCUCUCUACUCUGCCAUGCCCUCAGGAAAAGAUGGGACAACUUCCACCAGAACAUCUGGACCUGCUGGUGGAUCAGACCCCCUGUCUGCGGGGCCAGUUGGCUUUCCAGAAGCUUCCUCAACCCUCCUAGAAAGAAGCACCAGCUCAGAGGAGGAGCCCCAACGGCCUGCACCCAGGAUUGGGGCUCUGUGUGUGGAGCUUCUCCACUCCAGGAUAGCCUGUCUGCCAGGUGGUCGGGACAGGGCUGGGCGGCCGCUGCUGCUGCUGUCGACCACAGAGGGGGACUGGGAGGCACCAUGGUGCCAGGCCUCCGCGCUCACCCAGCUGCUGUCCUUCCUGUGCAGUGUCCCCAGGACAGAAGAGAAAGCCAAGGGGCUGGCGGUAGUGAUUGAUGCCAGGAAAGAGCCGCCACAGCCUGGCCUGGUCAGUGCCCUGCAGGCCACCCAGGCUGUGAUCCCAGCCCUCAGAGCGCUGUUCUUCCUGGGAGAGAAGGAGGCAGCUCUCCUGCUGCAAGCCCUACCUGCAGCCCAGGUGGAGGUGUUGACCUCAUUGAAGGCUCUCAGCCACCAUGUGGACUCCAGCCAGCUACCCGACACCCUGGGAGGCUCCUUUCCCUACUGCCACAGAGAGUGGGUGCAAUUCUUCCAGACACUGGACCCGUUCCUGGCUGACCUUCGCCAGGCCUCCUCCUUGCUGCAGGCCUCCAUCGAUGAGUUCAAGAAGGGCGAGCCCCCAGGGGGGGCCCAGGAGGCCGCCAGGUGCCUGAGCAAGUCCAAGGAGCUGAUGGAGGCCGUGCUGAGGGACCCGGGCCUGCUCAGCCUCCAGCGGGAGGGUGGAACCAUCCUGGCCAGGCUGCAGCGCGAGGCCAGCAGGCUGGCCUCCAAUCCCGACGUCAGGUGCCGUUUGGCUGAAGCUGCCACCCUGUACAGCCUUGUGGAUGAGCAGCUCCAUGUCCUGGUCACUGCGUCCAACCAUCACCUGGGGAGGCUGGAGCUCCACGUCCGCCUGGGCCGCCUGGAAGCCGCCAUGCACCAGGUCAGCACCUGGAUGGAGCGGGAGGGAAGCCAGUGCCUGCGGGCACUCGUCCCCGCCGACGGCCGCUCGGAGAGCGUGGAGAAGGCCCAUGCGGAGUUCGAGGACUUCUUCCUGCAGGCAGCGGCCCAGUACCGACGGGGGCUGGAGCUGUCCAAGCAGGCGGCCCAGCUGGGAGCUCCUGGCCGAGGGGCGGGCGAGGCCGGUGGCAGCGGUGGCAGCGGUGGCAGCGGCAGCCCGGGGCUCCCCGAGCUGGUGGCCUUUGCUGCCACACAGCGAGCCUUCCAGGCCAAGCUGACCCAUUUCUACAUGGCGGCCGAGCGACAGCGCACAGACCUGGAGACGCUGCUCUACCUGCAUCGCUUCUGCAAGAAGAUGACCUGGUUCCAUUUGGACUGUCAGGAUCUGAUGGCUCAGCUCAGGCUGGGCAAGGCUCAACGGGCCAGCCCCGGGGACCAGCGCCGCCUCCAACGCUACCUGUGGCGUCUGGAGUCUGAGUUUCCUGCCCAAAAGCUUAUGGCCAUGAAGCUGCAGGUGGCCUCCCUGAGCCGGGCUAGCCUGGGCCGGGACCUAUGGGAAGAGGCGCGGGUCAGACAUGAGGAGAUCCAGACCCUCCUGAAGAAGGCCUUGGCACACUGUCCAUGCCCUGCGGCUCCCACGGCCCAGUUAAGUGGGCCAGCUACCCAGGGCCAGGGUCCGAGUGGGGAACUCCCUUCCCAGGGGACAUGGGACCUGCCCCGCCAGGACUCUCUGGGUGUGAAUCAUUUGCCAAAACCCAGCUGGCUUCCUCUGGUUCCCAGAGGGGGGCUGCAGCGGAAUUUCCAGGCAGACCCUCCACGCCAGGAAGCUGGCCAGACUGAGGCUGGUGAAGACCAAGGCCCCUGUGAGCUGGCCAAGACUGUUCCAGAACAUCUUCCUACCUUGCAGCCAUCCCCCAGGCUGAACCAGCUCCCCCACCCCACCAGAGGCAGCUUCUCCUCAGAGGGGACAGACUCACAGACAUCCCUGGAGAGCUCACCCCGGACAAGUCCGCCUGCUUCCCUGUAG